UAAAAUAUGUGGCAACAUUUUUUACAACAUGGAAAGUUGCUAUGGUAAUCAGGUCUGCUGUUACACCGGAAAUUACGCAUACUGUUGUAAAGGGAUAACAUACGGUGAAAUGGUAGGCAUAGCAAUCGGCUCUCUAGCAGGGUUUGUUUUGUUGGUUGUUUUAAUUGUCGUUUGUUGUAAAGUCAUGAACAAAAACAAUGGGAUGAAAGGAAGAGUCAUCUUUCCUGACAAUUCGACAGAUGGCGUUGCAAUUGUCAACUCACAGCAGCAAGGCUUAUCUAAUGGAUCGUAUGGUGCUAACCCUGGAUAUGGUUAUGGAGGACAGCCACUGAGUCCGGCUUACCCCCCAACGGGACCCUACCAUCCUCCUUCAAUGUACCCACCGCCUAAGUACUCAGAAACUGACCCUGGAGAAACGCUUGGGCAGAACCAUUAACCCCGGUGAAAAAUCCAAGCAAAAUCAUUGACCUCACAUUUAGAGUCCUUCAGAUUAUUCGCCCACAGUUACAUAUAAACCCAUAUGAAUUCAUUUGAAGUACAAAUAUCUAUGAUUCCAUCUUUUUGCUCCACUUCCUAUUAUUACUUAAGCACAGAGUCAAUCUAAGUUUGAUUUUCCAAAAUCAUAAUGUCUGGAGAAAAAAAAAAAUCAUUUUUCUUAUUUACAUCUUGAUGAUCAUCUCUACAUACCCAAUAAGAACUCUUUAUAUUAGUUUGAUAUGUUUGAAUA